AGCCUGCUUUUGCGGCCAACUUCUCAUCGCUGACUGCGGAAUUCACGCUCGUUGGAACGAGCAUUUCCCUUUUCUCGUUUGGGUUAGCCUCGUUUGGAAUCGGUUAAAAUGGGGCGCCGACCAGCAAGAUGUUAUCGCUACUGUAAAAAUAAGCCGUACCCGAAAUCCAGAUUCUGUCGUGGUGUACCGGACCCAAAGAUCCGUAUUUUCGAUCUUGGCAAGAAGAAAGCAUCGGUGGAAGAUUUUCCAUUAUGUGUGCAUCUGGUGUCAGACGAAUAUGAGCAGCUCAGUUCUGAGGCGUUGGAAGCCGGACGUAUCUGUGCUAACAAGUACAUGGUGAAGAAUGCUGGCAAAGAUCAGUUCCAUAUUCGUAUGAGACUUCAUCCUUUCCAUGUUAUUCGUAUCAAUAAAAUGUUAUCAUGUGCUGGAGCCGAUAGGCUUCAGACUGGAAUGAGAGGAGCCUUUGGCAAGCCUCAGGGUACUGUAGCGAGAGUGCACAUUGGUCAACCGAUUAUGAGUGUACGCUCCUCUGAUCGUCAUAAGGCGGCUGUUAUUGAAGCUCUGCGACGUGCUAAGUUCAAGUUUCCCGGGCGCCAGAAGAUUUAUGUAUCGAAGAAGUGGGGUUUCACGAAAUACGAUCGUUCCGAAUACGAGGAACUGAAGGCGGCAGGCUAUCUUGCUCCAGAUGGUUGCAAUGUUAAAUAUCUACCUGAACAUGGACCACUUGAGGAAUGGAAGAAGUUUAGGAAGGUACUUGCUGCUGCUUAAAUAGAUACGGGACAUUUUUAACAUGGAAUUGAAUAAAAUUUUUGAAAAGCAAAU